AACAAGGAGGGAGAAGAGAAAGUCUCUGAUCCUCACGUCCAACAGGUCAUGUCGCUCGCCUUCUCCUCUGACGGCUUGAGACUCGCGUCUGCUUCCUACGAUCGCACGGUGAAAGUUUGGGACCUGCAGCAGGGGAGCGUCACACACACGCUGACAGGACAUGCUGAUCGGGUGACUUCCGUCGCUUUUCUCCCCGGGGGAGGAGAGAUCGUCUCUGGCAGCUACGACCGGACCAUCCGACGGUGGCGCCUCAACGGAGGGGAGGAAGUGGAG